CCCUACAAGCUGCAAAGUCGCCAAGCAAUUGAUUUUAACAGUAUAUUUCUCUUAUUUCCUCCGUGUUGUUUUAGUGCCUCUAUGCAUCGUAGAGACGAUGUUAGGCCAUCACUAUCCAAAUGCCGACAAGUCGCAACAACUGGUCAACUAUGUGGAGGAUUAUCUGGAAUGUGUGGAGUCCCUGCCUUUGGACAUACAAAGAAAUGUUUCUUUGCUUCGGGAAAUUGAUGCAAAGUAUCAAGAUGUGCUGAAGGAGGUGGAUGAAGUGUUUGAGAAGUACAAAAGUGAGCAGGAUGCAGCUCAGAGGAAGCGCCUGCAGAUCCAGCUGCAGCGGGCGCUCAUCAUCAGCCAGGAGCUGGGCGACGAGAAGAUCCACGUGGUGACCCAGAUGACGGAGCUGGUGGAGAACCGUUCCCGCCAAAUGGACUCCCACUCCCUGUGCCUCCAGGAGCCAGGCGAGGCCGAGCGGGUCACUACAGAGCGGCGCUCCAGCGUCCAAGAGUCCCCAGCCCCCGAACGCACUUCAGCCCGACGCCCACGGCGCCAACGCAACAGCGAGAGCCGUGAUUCCAGUCACCCGUCGGCCAAUGGCUCUCUAGUGGAUGACCCUGUGGAGGAACUGUCCCUCCCUCCACCCCGAGAGAAGAAAUCCAAAUCUGCAAAGAAGAAGAAGCAGCGCAAGUCCAAACAGGAACGAGACGCCUCACCGGUCGACUUUGCAAUUGACCCCAAUGAGCCCACCUACUGUCUCUGUGAGCAGGUGUCUUAUGGUGAGAUGAUCGGCUGCGAUAAUGACGGGUGCCCCAUCGAGUGGUUCCACUUCACCUGUGUGGGGCUGACCUACAAGCCCAAGGGCAAGUGGUACUGCCCCAAAUGCAGAGGGGACAAUGAAAAGACCAUGGACAAAAGCCUAGACAAGAACAGAAAAGACCGGCGGUCCAGGUAGUGAGCUGUCUUCAGUCGCCCCUUGCUCAUCUGGAAGAUGUCUUCAUGCAGCCUGAGGGUUAAGACUAUAAGAUGUAGUUGAUAACAGUACACAUGAUGUUGUAAGAGCACAAUCGAACAUUAGUAGCAGCGCUUAUUAUUAAUCAAGGACAAGUUGUGAUUGAACUUGUGCUGUUACAUCACUGAUUGUUCCCACUGGCUAUAAUUGUAUUGUAGUCUGUAGGGAGUCCAGCUGCUGCAAGAAUCAUCAGCUUGAAGCUGCCACCCUCAUGAAGUAAUUGAUUUUUGUGAGAUUUUAUUUUAUUUUUUUUAAAACUUUUGACAACAAAUAAAAGCAUCUUUUGGUUUACUGUCACUUUUCAUUCUGGACAAGAACCUAGAAAAAGUAUAUGGUAAUCCUGAUAAUAGUCAUUCUUUUCUCAUGUUGGCCAAAACAACUAAUUUUUCCCUCUUGAAUGAUUUGAAAUCAGUGUUUGUCUCUAUACAAUAAUGGCUCGUAGAGAAUAACCUUUCAUAUGUACAAUGUUUGUAAGAGAUUGAUAUUUAAUUGAGGAGAUGAUUGUUGAUGGAGCACUGGACUUUGUG